AUGAUGAAGGAGAUGGGGUUCGGUGACAAAUGGAGAACUUGGAUUGAAGGAUGCAUAUCCUCUGCAACUCUAGCUGUAUUGGUAAACGGUUCUCCAACGGAUUUCUUCCACAUAGAGAAGGGGCUAAGGCAAGGUGAUCCCCUCUCACCCUUGCUUUUUAAUAUUGUGGGUAGUGCACUUUCUUGUAUGCUGAAUAUUCUGGCGUUUGAGCAAGUUCCGUGCGGGUUUAAUUUGGGAAAUGGGCUUGUGAUAAACCACAUCCAGUUCACAGAUGAUACACUUAUAUUUUGUGAGAAUGAUGUGGCUCAACUAGAUAGGAUCUAUGAGGUCGUGGAAGCUUUCCUUUGGGCCUCCGGCUUGAAAGUAAAUUUUGACAAGUCACAAUUAUUCGGGUGCAACAUUCCCUCUGAGAGAUUGGUUGAGAAAGCCAACAGCCUUGAGGUGUGCAAUGGUCGAAAGCGAAUCUCUUGGGUGGCUUGGGAACAAGUCUGCAAAAGUCAGCAGCUGGGAGGCUUAUGCCUCGGGUUCCUGGGUUGGAAAAACCGUUCUUUACUUCUCAAGUGGGCCUGGAGAUAUGGGAAGGAGAAGGAUGCACUGUGGAGGAAAAUCGUCUGCUCCAAAUACAAGUUGGAUGAGAGGUUCCUGAUAAUGCAUUUGGUGGUUGAUGGCUUCUCAGGGUGCUCAGUCAUAAUGCAGGAUAUUCUGAAAAAUCUGUUGGAGGAUGCAACAAUGGCUAAAUCCUUCAGAGAUGCUCUAUUCUGUAGAUUAGGCUCAGGUAGUGUAAUUCCUUUCUGGCUGGAUCCAUGGGUUGAGGCGAUUCCCCUCAGUCAAAUGUUCCCACGCCUCUUUGCUCUAGCUCGUGAGAAAAAUGCCCUGGUCCAUGAGCUCGGGGCUUUCAUUGGAAGCAAAUGGUGUUGGUCUGUGGAGUUUUGA